AUGGUUCAAGCCAUGCACAAAAGAAUAAAAGCCGGAUGUGAAGAUAUCAUUCGUAAUGCUAUAAGUACUUGUCUCAUUCAAGCCAAUGCAAAUUAUAUCACUAGAAACUAUUUAAAAAAUUCAAGACAAUGGGCACUCUGGUCUCGCCAGCAUUCACCACUUCUUCUUCAAAUCACUUCUACUAAUCCUCUGGAAUUAUUUCAUAGUGAGCUAAAGGCAAAAAUUUCUGUUAAUUACGG